UCUAACUAUUGGACUGUAGGAUAUAUACGCUGGCGUGAGUUGUCUCGCUGUUUGUCAGUUACGCUCUGCGCUAUAGUCAGUUUAUAUCAAACUAAGAUAUAUAGUUACUUAGUUAGAACUGACUGCUUAUUACGGCAAUGUACAAAAGUGGGACACCUGUCGUUCUGCUAUUCGUUGUUGUUGCUGUUGUGCCGCUAAUCGAGUGCUCAGGGGUUGAGCCAGUUACAUGCACUUACUCAUUGAAAGGGAAACAUUUGCAGACAAAGUGUGAAGAACAUGCUGGUGCGUAUUGCUGCGGGGAAAGAAACGCUCAAUGUUGUUAUAAAGAAUUUCAACCUUACAGCAAAUGGUGGUUUGCAGCGGCAAUGGUAUUCAUAGCAGCACCGAUCGUUCUGGGAGGUUUCUGUGAUUCGGACGGAUUCAGUUUCCCUUGCUGUUGUUUUGGUUUCGGGGGAGGACACGGGCACAGUCCUUUCGGAGGAGGCUCUUCUUCGUCGUCUUCUUCCUCUGGGGACUCAGAUAGCGGAGACACGGAGCGGAGGGAGCGGAGGGAGCAGCGGCGGAAGCUUUUAGAAGAUUUUUCUCAAAAACUUCGUUUAUUUCCAUCCGGACCUAAAAUUGCUGUAAUUUAUUUUCAACUAACAAUUCGGGCACACAACGUAUGUCGUUGUGGUUAUAAAUAGUAUAUAUGUUGCGAGCGGCAUAUAUAUGUAAUGUUUGAACGCGAAAGGAGGUGUAUGGUUUCGUGUUUAGUACAAAGACAUUUUGUUUUGAAAUCGUAAAACGAAUUUUUUCCUGACUGCCGAACAAAAUGCCAUUUGUCUCGUCUUGAAGCACAUAAAAUCAAUUUUCGCAUAUCGAAAGCACUGUUUUCCAUUUACAAAUGGUAAAGCGUUUUAUUUUGCGGUCGCAAACACGUAAGCUUAUACAAAGUGGAAA